GCAGGCGUCUGCUCGCUCAAGGCUGCAGCCUGCCAGCCUGCCUGCACCGCACCGCCACUGGCACUGCCGCGUUCGCCAGGUUACGCGUUACGUUUCGAUCGCAUACAAACAAACCUGCGUACCGCUGCGGCCUGCUCGGCCCUGGCGCCCCGCCAGUACUACCGUUCUCUAGUGUCUCAGAGCAGCAGCGGCGCGACAUGGGCCGCGAGUGAACCGCCAGGAACGCGUUCUAGCGGGGCAACCCGGGCACUCGGCACUCGGUUUGGUCGCGGAGGCACCCGAGGGGCGCACCACGGGAGUGAAGGAGGCUCUGGUUAAAGUCUCGUACGUCAACAGCGACCGUCACGAAGCCGUCGUCUGGAGGAGGCGAGAGUUCACAGGCAUGAGCGAACACGAUGUGGACGAUGUCGCUUUCCUGACAGCUCAGUUGUGCUUGCCUAGUAUGGAGUUGUCAUGUAAAUAGGCAUGGGAAAAAUGACAGUUAUAUAAGAAACAUCAGAUUUCGAAGAAGUUUUCCCAUUUUGCAUUCCUACAAGUGGCCUCAGGCUCCAGCUCAGGGCUGGAGAUAAUCUUCAAGCUAUGCACUCUGGGGCAACGUGCUGUGCUGGAGAAAGUCAAUCGAUCCACAAGCGCAGCCUGUAUGAACACAAUGGGGUGGCAGUAUGCUCUCAGAAGAGAGCCCUCAUUAUUGCCUGUGCUGUGUUUGCCAUACUUUUCAUAGUCUCUGUUGUGCUUGCCGCAACAGGACCACAAUCUCAUUGUCCAUGCCUAGGAGUAAAGCCGGCUGAUAUUGAUGAUGAAGACAACCAGCUACCACCUAGCCCAAAGAUACCCAUAGCCACUAAUAAUGAACUUUUCCCCUGGAACAAUCCUCGACUGCCUACAUUUAUUCGGCCUAUGCGUUACAAGAUCAACAUUCAUCCAAAUCUCACUACUUUAGAUGUUAAAGGUCAAGUGACAAUUGAUUUUCAAGUGGAGAAAGAAACCAACUUUAUUGUCUUCCACAGCAAGAACUUAACUUUGACAGAAAAGCAUUUGAUUUCCAAUGCACUUCCCACUGCUGUUGAUCGUAAGGGGCACAGGUUACCAAUUACAAGGUUCCUCGAGUAUCCCUCAGGACAACAAGUUUAUAUGGAGUUAAAAGAAAAAUUGCGGAAGAAGGUUAAUUAUACACUUGUUGUUCGAUUUAACUCUCGUCUUGGGCGUGAUCUUGAAGGAUUUUAUCUGAGUAGCUACGUAAACAAACAAGGAGAAACUAAGUUCUUGGCCACAACCCAUUUCGAACCUACAUAUGCACGGUCAGCAUUCCCUUGUUUUGAUGAACCGCAGCUCAAAGCUCGUUUUCGAAUGUCUAUAUUCCGAGACCGUUUUCAUAUUGCUUUAUUCAAUACCCCUAUCGCUAAUACAGAAGAUGCUGGGUUUUACAUGGGAACAGGUUUACUCAGAGAUGACUUUGAAGAAUCUGUAGAAAUGAGUACUUAUUUAGUAGCAUUUGUGGUUUGUGAUUACAAAAGCAUUAUGAACCACACAGCUAAAAAUAUUACAGUUUCUGUAUACGCUCCUAAUGAACUCUUACCUCAAGCUAACUUUGCUCUAAGUAUUGCCACUCAGAUGAUGGAUCAUUAUGAGGAUUACUUUGGUGUCCCCUAUCCUCUGCCAAAACAAGACCUGAUAGCAAUCCCUGACUUUGCUGCUGGUGCAAUGGAAAACUGGGGUCUCAUAACUUAUCGAGAAACAUCCAUCUUAUAUGACCAGGAUGAAACCUCUUCUGCUGCCAAGCAAUGGGUUGCUAUUGUAGUGGCUCAUGAACUUGCUCAUCAGUGGUUUGGCAAUUUGGUAACAAUGAAAUGGUGGAACGAUUUGUGGCUGAAUGAAGGAUUUGCAAGCUUUUUGGAGUACUUGGGUGUGGACCAUGUGAUGCCUGAUUGGAGAAUGAUGGAACAGUUCAUUCUUGAUAAGACUCAACCAGCUCUCUCUCUGGAUGCUUUGGCCACUUCUCAUCCAAUUUCUGUACAAGUUGGUGACCCAACUGAAAUUGAAUCCAUUUUUGACACUAUUUCUUACAACAAGGGGGCAUCUAUCUUGUACAUGCUUGAAAAGUUUUUACAUGAAGAAAUAAUGCGUAGCGGUCUGAACGAUUACCUCAAUAUGCAUAUGUAUAGUAAUGCUGAAACCAAAGACCUUUGGGAUGUUUUCAGUAAACAUGCAAAUCAAUCCCUGGAAGUGAAGGUUAUCAUGGACUCAUGGACAAAUCAAAUGGGAUUCCCCUUGAUCACUCUGACACGAGAAGGAGAUAAAAUUAUAGCAAAUCAAGAUAGAUUUUUACUGACCGAAAUUAUGAAUCAUGAUCUUAAUAUUACUACUAAAGAAACAACAUCGUCCAAAUGGUAUGUGCCCUUGAGCUAUUAUACCGACAAAGAUAAGGAAGCUCAAUAUGUGUGGAUGAAUCAAACAAAUGUGGAGUUCCAUGUACCUGCAAACAUUGUUUGGCUGAAGGCCAAUGUAAAUCAAUCAGGUUUUUACCGAGUUACUUACUCAGAAGAUAUGUGGAUGUCUAUUAUUGCGGCUCUUAAAAAAGAUCACUCUGUGUUCAGCCCAGCCGAUCGAGCUUCUUUGAUAGAUGAUGUUUUUACGCUGUGCAGGGCUGGUGUCCUUAAUGCUACUGUCCCACUUGAAUUGUCGCUGUACUUACUAAAAGAACGUGACUAUGUUCCUUGGGCGACGGCCUUGGAACAUUUCCAGGGAUGGGCACGACGGCUGGCAGAAUCUUCCUCCUAUCGGCUGUUCCUGGAGUACACCAAGAGGCUUAUUACUCCAGUCUCAGAAAAUAUUGGCUGGGAGGAUGGUGGUCCUCAUCUCAAGAAGCUGAUGCGGUCAGAUAUUUUGGCUUCUGCUAUAUUAGCUAAUGUGGAUUCUGCAGUUAAUGAAGCUAAGCCAAAGUUUAAGGCAUGGAUGGAAAAUAAUGCCAGGAUACCUCCAAACCUUCGUGAAGUGGUCUAUGCAGCAGGCAUCAAGUAUGGUGGUGUAAAGGAGUGGGAGUUCUGUUGGGACAAGUAUAACAAGUCAAGGGUACCUAGUGAAAAGAAACUGUUAUUGAAGGUUUUGGGUGUAGCCUCAGACCCUUGGUUACUUGGGAGGUAUUUGCAAAACACUCUGAAUCGAGACUUAAUCAAACCUCAAGAUAUUAAAAUUGUCCUUGCUGUUGUUGCUGCUAAUCCCGAGGGUCGACUUUUACCCUGGCGACAUCUGAGAGCUCAUUGGGGGCAUUUGCAAAACACAUUUGGAAAUAAUACCUUCACCAUGGGAGGGUUGGUUUCUGCUGUAACAUCACAUUUUGCUUCAGAAUAUGACCACAAAGAGGUGUCACACUUUUUCCGACGAAUGGAUAUGGGGUCUGGCCAGAGAGCUUUAGAGCAAAGUCUUGAGACUAUUAUGCUGAACAUUCAUUGGGUCAAGCACAAUGAUGAACCUAUAUAUGAAUGGCUGAAGAACUACCUCAAAAGAUAAUACCAAGCUUUACCCAUGCCCCCUGCUGAACCCAAAAAAUUUCUACAACCUGAGCUUUUGUUGUCGACUCCUACUGCACCUUCAUCUAACACUCCCAGUGUCAGCACCUCUAUUACAAGCAGAGCAUCAAGCACUCAAGGUAGAUGCAUGGGUGAAGGUGCUCAGGGCGCUGAGACUGUGUGUGGUAAGAAUACUGAACUGAGACUUGAUGGUAUCGUAGGAUCUAAACAAUUACAAAGCACAGCACCCACAAUUUUUUUAACGACCAUCUCUAAGGGACUCGUCUCAACAAUUUCUGAUGAAAAAUUGACUGGACAAGAACGUUUUAGUACUGAGAGGGUUCACACAAAUACAAAUUUCGAUACUCCAUUGAAAGAGUCCCCCAAGAAACCACUCCCCACCUCCCAAAUAGUAUAUAUUAAGCCAUUAUUAAAACCACCUUAUGUUAAAAACAAGGAACAACAGGCUCCAACAUCAAAUGGUCCUGUGGCUUCUACCAAAUAUACUGAGAGGAAGGGAGGAAAAGCCUCCAACACGUCUCAAAUUAUUUACAUUUCACUUGUAACUCAACCCACUAAAGCUUCCAGACCAUCAGAAGGGCAUUAAUGAUUGUGUAAUGUAAACAUGAACCUUUAAUAUUUUUUAUUGUGACUCUCUUCUCUAUGUAUUCUCCACCAAUUAACUCCGAGCACAAAUGAAGAACUCAAAGUGCUAAUGAGCUCAUUCAGUGUUGAGCCAAGGCUCGGGGCAAUGGGUAGCUAUUACAAAGUUUGCUAGAUCCAAACCAAAUUAAAAAUAGUAGUAUGGUAAAGAAAUCUUAGUUUCACAUAGGUCAUUUUCUUUUCAUCCCCAUAAAUUUUCAACCAUGUUCUGUAGAGUAGGGUAUUUUUGAUCUGCUAUCACCUAUUGCUUCAUUGUCCUUAAACCUAUUAUUCAUACUUUCGUCUGUUCUCAUUCUGAGCUGUGAGAGUCAAAAAAACAAUAAUUUAGACCUUUAAAUUUUGAAUUUUUACCUAUCCUGGUCGAACGCCUCAUUCCAAUUUGUAGUAAACUAUGCACUUAAAUUUUGUUAUUCUGGCCCAAUUUAGCAGCUUUAGCGAAGUUCGAGCCAUUUGCCAUUUGUUUCUGGAGAAGGAAUCUUUAAUGCUCCUACCAAAGAUCUUCCAAUGUCAUUCCUCACCCUUAUGAAGGGGGGCAAGAAUUUUUUUCCUGCAUUGUUUCUUAAAGUGUUGUGGUCCUACAGGUCUAGUCAGUUAUACAGCAAUGUAAUAGCUGCCAUGACUAUAUCUAUCCUCCCUAUUGAAGUUUGUCACAAGGGUUGCACAACUAUUUUAAUUUUUUAACUUCAUCUUAGUGUGUCCAUUUUAGUAAAUUAUUAUUUUAUUUUUUUUGAUACGGUAUUGUGUUUAAGUGUAGGUAGUCAUCUCAACCUUGGGCUAUAAACUGAGGUGCCUUGAGGGGGAAAGAAAGUCAAAACAAAUCUAGGUGAUUCUUUUUCUCAGGUAGUACCAUGUGCACUAUGGCCAAGGAUAGGGUAUCAGGAUUACAGAGUAUCUUUAAUGUUUAGCUCUCUGUGGAUACUCUGUCAUCAAUAGACUAAUUCCAAGUUUUUGCUUGCCAAAAGAAAACUUUGCAAACUCUUAAUUUAAUGCUUUGCUCCUGAAGAUUUGAAGAAAAAAAUCUGCUUGUGAGUACUAUUCUGAAUUAUCGACUAAUAAGAAGCACAAACACCACCAAACUAAAAGUCCAUUUAUUUGCUUCUGGUGAGUGGUUAACAAACCAGAAUUAAAAUUGAGAAGACCAAUGCAAUGUUGUGAUCCUUGGGAAAUUUUAUUGGCCUAGUGUAAGGAACUAAGGAGUGAAAGCUCAAGAGCUCUCUGCAGACUUGAAAUUAAAUUUAAUAUGCUUUCUAACUUAUAUCAUUAUUUCUUAGCUAGGUAUUUCUGAAGUGAGAACUUUAGACUUAUGCUAUUCUUUGGCACAUUGCUACUCUAGAUACAUAUUUUUCUUGUGUCCUGGAAAGACUUAGCACUCUAGUCAUUAUCUUAAGUGCAGCUCGAUUAAUAGUGUAUCUUAUCAUGACUAUGGUCGGCUAGCACAAAUCAAACAUGACUGAAGAAAUAUCAUAUUUUGUCAUGUAUUAUUUUGUCAUGUUUUAAUAUUUUGGCCUCCUGACCUAUAUAAUUUUCUACUUACCAAUACACUCUUUAUUUUAUUCAACCAUAAGUCUUGUCUAGUCCAUCUCAUUGUUUCAUCUGUACCUGUAAUUUUUCUUAUUGAUAAGUCUUCGUGUGUGUGUUAAUUUUAAUGUAUAAGAAGGUUAAUCCUGCCGAACUUGUAUGUUUAGUUUUCUUUUUUGAAUCUGUAUGUGUGUCAUUUUUUAAACUAAUUGUGCACUUGUUAACUUUCUUAUGAAGUAAUGUCAUUUCAAGAGAGUUUCGCAGGUACUUGUUAUUCAUGCCUGCACUUGAUGACAGAUAAGUAAUGUGUACAAAGAUUUGUUCUUUUUCUGUUGUUUGUUUUUUCUGACAUCGUUUUACUAACUCUUAGAUAUUUUGGUUCUUCAAUCGUGAAAGGUUUUAUUAUUAGGUUAAAUUCUUCCUUGUUAUUUACUCGUUAUGUUCUACUGUUAUGUAGCAGAGCUCAGCAAAGUCGAUGGCUAUGGAAGAUGACUUUGCAGAGCUUUGCUGCAUAGAUACAUGGAUGGCCUUAUAGCCAUGUUAGAUAUCACCGUUGGAUUAGUUUGACUCUGCAUCAGUAUUAAAGAAAACCCCUUUGUGAACCAUCAAACAAGAUUCUUACAUUUAAUUUCUAGAAUAUACAGGUAUUUUCUGCUUAAUGAAGCUUAUGUAUGCUUCAGGAGGUAGAUUUUAAUCACCUCAUGUGGAAUCCAUCCUUUACAUGUGUCAAUGUAAUAGUGUGCAAUGUCCUUUAAUUUUUGUGCUGUUUGUGAGCUGUUUCUUUAAGUAUAAACUAAAGACAUCUCAAAGGGA